AGGACUCGAUUAACUACGACAGCGGAACUUGGCCGCUGGGGCAUGGGAGAGGGAGCCAUAUCUCCCUGUCUCUGUGCGCUACUUGGGCUGCUUUUAUUUCUCUUUCUCUGAACCUGUUCUUUUUGACAACCAAAUAUGCAGCAGAGCGAGCCAGUGACUCAGUGAGGAAAACACCAAAUAAACCCGAACCCGAAGCAAAAACCUUUCGCGCCCUAACAAAUCAUUGCUUCCAUUCCAUUCCAUCCAGACUCCCCCUCUUCUCACUAUCAAAUCUCCAAUAUGACGCAACCGCCGGUGCCGCCACCUACGCUACCCCCACCACCCCCAUCACAGGGCGCUGGGGUGCAGGUGCGCUGUGCCGGUUGCCGUAUGAUCCUGACAGUGGCGCCCGGGGUCACAGAGUUCGUCUGCCCUACCUGUCAGAUGCCCCAAAUGCUGCCUCCGGAGCUCAUUGGCCGACAGCAGAAGUCGCCGAAUCUGCCCGCUCAGGUGCCGGCCCAUGGCAUCGAUCCCACGAAGAUCCAGUUGCCCUGUGCCCACUGCAAGGCCAUCCUCAACGUUCCCCAUGGCCUCACUCGCUUUUCCUGUCCUCAGUGUGGUGUCGACCUCGCCGUCGAUUUGUCCAAAAUCAAGCACUUCCUCCCUCGUCUGCCGCCACCUCCUCCGGAGGAGGUCAACGAGGUAGCGAUUGAAGUGGAGCGUGAAGAAGAUGAAGGUGGCACUGUAGGGGAAACAUUUAUGGAUUAUCAUCCUCCGAAACUAUCAAUUGGACCUUCACAUCCUGAUCCUAUUGUUGAAACAUCCUCUUUAUCCGCAGUGCAGCCGCCGGAGCCAACUUAUGAUCUAAAAAUCAGGGAUGAUUUGGAAAGUUCAAAUGCUCUGUCAUGCUUGCAGAUUGAGACUUUGGUUUAUGCUUGUCAGAGACACCUACAACAUCUUCCUAAUGGUUCCAGAGCAGGAUUCUUUAUUGGAGAUGGAGCUGGUGUGGGUAAAGGUCGAACAAUUGCAGGGUUAAUAUGGGAGAAUUGGCAGCAUGGCAGGAGAAAAGCAUUGGCUCGACUCCCUGAAGCACGUGUUAUUUAUUGUUCUGCAACUGGUGCUUCUGAACCAAGAAAUAUGGGUUAUAUGGUCAGGCUUGGUCUUUGGGGAGCUGGAACAUGCUUCACUGAUUUUCAGAAAUUUCUAGGUGCACUUGAUAAAGGGGGUGUAGGAGCACUGGAACUUGUUGCCAUGGACAUGAAAGCAAGGGGGAUGUAUGUAUGUCGUACCCUUAGCUACAAAGGGGCUGAGUUUGAGGUUGUUGAAGCACCAUUAGAAGCAAAAAUGGAGGAAAUGUAUAAAAAGGCUGCAGAAUUCUGGGCAGAGUUGCGGGUUGAAUUGUUGUCAGUCAGUACUUUUCUUUCCAAUGAAAAACCUAAUUCUAGUCAAUUGUGGAGAUUAUAUUGGUCAAGCCAUCAGCGUUUCUUUAGACACAUCUGUAUGUCUGCUAAAGUGCCUGUUACUGUGAGACUAGCCAAACAAGCACUACUGGAGGAUAAGUGUGUGGUUAUUGGUCUUCAGAGUACUGGAGAGGCCCGGACUGAGGAAGCUGUGACAAAAUAUGGUCUUGAACUCGACGAUUUUGUUUCGGGUCCUCGGGAGCUGUUGCUGAAAUUUGUUGAAGAGAACUACCCAUUGCCUGAAAAGCCUGAGCCUAUCGCUGGGGAGGAGAGUGUGAAGGAACUUCAACGAAAGAGGCAUUUGGCAUCACCUGGUGUCUCGUUGAAAGGGAGAGUCAGGAAGGUGUCAAAAUGGAAACCUACCAGUGAUGGUGAAAGUGAUGAAGAAUCUGAAACAGAUUCCGCACAUGAAUCUACCGAAUCUGAUGAUGAGUUUCAGAUCUGUGAGAUAUGCAAUUGUGAGGAGGAAAGGAAGAAAUUGCUCCAGUGUUCCUGUUGUGGUCAACUGGUACAUCUGGCCUGUUUAGUCCCACCUCUAACAGAUUUAGUAUCUGAAGAGUGGUCAUGUCAUUCAUGUAAGGAAAAAACAGAUGAGUAUAUCGAAGCAAGACGUGCCUAUGUUGCAGAACUUUUGAAGAGGUAUGAAGCAGCAGUAGAGCGCAAGUCAAAAAUAUUGGAGAUAGUUCGAUCAUUGGAUGUUCCAAAUAAUCCUUUGGAUGAUAUCAUUGACCAGCUUGGAGGCCCUGAAAAAGUUGCAGAGAUGACAGGGAGGCGAGGGAUGCUUGUGAGAGCUUCUAAUGGAAAAGGUGUUACUUAUCAGGCACGGAACACAAAAGAUGUUACCAUGGAAAUGGUUAACAUGCAUGAGAAGCAGCUUUUUAUGGAUGGAAAGAAGUUGGUUGCAAUAAUUUCUGAGGCUGGUUCAGCAGGUGUUUCUUUGCAAGCUGAUAGAAGAGCUAUAAAUCAUAAGGUUCAUUUGACGUUAGAACUUCCUUGGAGUGCGGACCGAGCAUUUCAACAGUUUGGAAGAACUCAUCGCUCUAACCAAGCUUCUGCACCUAAAUAUAGGCUACUUUUCACUAACCUUGGUGGGGAACGCCGAUUUGCAUCCAUUGUUGCAAAGAGAUUAGAAUCCCUUGGUGCCCUAACCCAGGGAGAUCGCAGGGCAGGACCAUCGUUGAGUGCUUACAAUUAUGAUAGUGCUUAUGGCAAAAAAGCGCUGAUGGUGAUGUAUAGAGGAAUAAUGGAACAGGAUACUAUGCCAGUUGUACCUCCUGGCUGUUCAUCAGAAAAUCCAGAAACUAUUCAAGAUUUUAUUACAAAAGCAAAAGCGGCGCUCGUGUCGGUUGGAAUAGUUAGGGACACAGCUCUUGCAAAUGGAAAGGAUUAUGGGAAGUUCUCAGGUCGUAUCGUUGAUUCAGAUAUGCAUGAUGUUGGGCGUUUUCUGAAUCGGCUCUUGGGACUACCACCUGAUAUUCAGAAUAGGCUGUUUGAGUUAUUUGUCAGCAUCUUAGAUGUUCUUAUUCAGAAUGCACGCAUUGAAGGGAAUCUUGACUCAGGAAUUGUUGAUGUGAAAGCGAACAUCAUAGAAUUAGAAGGAACUCCAAAGACUGUUCACGUUGAUCAGAUGUCUGGGGCUACAACCAUGCUGUUUACUUUUAAUCUGGAUCGGGGUAUCACAUGGGAGUCUGCAAGUACCAUGCUUGAAGAGAAGAAAAAGGAUGGGCUUGGUUCGGCUAAUGAUGGAUUUUAUGAAUCUAAGAGGGAAUGGUUGGGAAGGCGUCACUUUAUUUUAGCAUUUGAGAGCGCUGCCUCUGGAAUGUUUAAGAUAGUCCGUCCUGCUAUUGGUGAGGCAGUGAGAGAAAUGCCCCUUGCAGAGCUAAAAUACAAAUACAGACAAGUGUCAUCUCUAGAGAAGGCCUGUAAUGGUUGGAAAGAUGAAUAUGAAGUUUCCUCCAAACAGUGCAUGCAUGGUCCCAACUGCAAGCUUGGCAGCUUUUGCACGGUUGGCAGAAGAGUACAAGAAGUAAAUGUCUUAGGUGGCCUAAUUCUUCCUGUUUGGGGUACUAUUGAAAAAGCCCUUUCUAAGCAGGCUCGUCAAAGUCACAAGAGAAUACGUGUUGUGCGCCUAGAGACUACCACAGAUAACCAAAGAAUUGUUGGGCUUCUUGUCCCGAAUGCAGCAGUGGAGACCGUCCUGCAAGAUUUGGCAUGGGUUCAAGACAUUGAUGAUUGAAAUAUGAAGGGUAAAUAUAAGACAAGGGUGGAUUGUAUUUUGAAGGCACAGGACGAAGAUUAAGUGAUGAAAACUUGCUCAACUUCAUACCCAAAGAAAGAGUUAUUAUGUGGAACUGUGCAGUCUAAUUCAAUAUUGAUUUUUCGUGUGGCCAACCCUUUUGCCCCCAAUUUUGGCAUAGAAUUUUGUAUAUUGACAAGCACAGCAAGGCAGAGCAAAGACAAUAUAAAUUAUAUAUAUAUAGUUUAUUAGGGAGUAAAGCUCUGCGCUAACUUCUGUAUUUGUAACCUUGAAAUUUUAAUUUAAGUUAGAAGCUGAAAUAUAGAUGAAGUAAAA